UUUUCAACUUUUUAGAAGCUUUUCGUGCUUCGUACAAUUCUGAUGAAAAUGGGGCAUUACGCCAUUCCUGUUGACCUUGGUUGUGAGCACGAAAUUGUGGACUCUGUCGAGGAUUUGAUUGAUGGACCAAUUCGAAGUAGAGGAGGCAGCAACAUUAUAAACAAUGGGUUAGUAGAAGACUUUCAUUUUAUUGAGGGCACUCCAGCACAAUUUUUAAAUCAACAACUACUUGCAUCUGAACCAGUUACAAAUUCAAUUUUCGAAAUACCUCCACCUGGCCUUGUUAAACCAUUAGUUGAUCUGCAUAUUCUCUCUUCUGGUUCUAAAAUAAGAAGAUCAUUAGCUCAGAAGUUAAAAAGGCAUCUUGAUGGCUCAUAUUCAAAAUAUGAUGGUGACAGAAGCAGCAAUAGCUAUCCAAAAGAUUUGAGUGAUGGAUCUCAUAAACAACGAAAACCUCCUUCAAAGAAGUCAAUAACGCCUACAAAAGAAUUAAUGACUAAACUAAUAGUAAAUCCUAUAACUGAAGAAGAACCGCUUUCAGCAGCUCAAUCACCUUUGCCCUGCAGGCCAUCUAGGCUUGUAAGGGAUGAAUCUUUUGACUCUUCCAUUAGUUCUACUGCCCGAAUUGAUAAUGCUGUGUUAAAAGGAAAAGAAAGACUAAAAAUGUCGCGAAGAAGUUCAACUUCAGUAUCAAAUCGGAAUAGUACAGCAAAUGAAAGUGAAAAGUCGUCGAUUGAUAAUUCUGAUGCUGAGAAUUGUAUAGAUGAGGUUAAUCUAGAAUCCUUUGAUCCAAAAAUACAAGAACAAAAUUGUGUUGAUGACUCUACCGAAACUAGAUCAACCUCACAAUCAAUUUCAACAGCUCACACUAGCGGAACUCGACACACUUCUGUUGCGGAACAAAAUACUUAUGGAAAUCUUUGUAGUGAAUCUACCUCGUCCACAGGGCUCAACCAAAACAAUUCAUUGGCUAUUAGUCUUGAGGAUCUACGUGAUCCAGACUUCAAAAUACGUGGAUUUUCUGUCACUUCUUUAAAAGAGAAUUCGAUUUCCAAUGGAAGGUCUUCAAACAUGAGCGAGAGAAGUUUGAGUAUUUGUAGUGAAUUAAAUUCGAGAAUUAUGUUUCAAAGAGGUGGUAGAAAUCGGGCAAGUGGAAAAUCAAAUAAACCGUGUAUGCCCAAACCAUUACAACUUUUACCAAAAUUCGAUGGUGAUUAUGCAGACAUUGACGAACUAAUGAUAAAUGAGAGAAAUGUUCCCUCUGAUGACGUUUUAUUGCACCAUAGCUUUAACCCAAUAUACUCAAAUGGUGCAGGAACGAUGCCAGUAAGCAAUGAAAAUAUAGACUACGUACAAAUUUGUCCCAUGGCAACAACAGCAUUGAAGGAGUUGAGCACUACUCGGAGCAAUAGUUUCAAGCGUUCAAACUCGCUUUAUGAUAUACUCUCGAUUCAUCAACCAAAGGAUACAACAAAAAUACAAAAUAGUGAGGCAGAUUAUUAUGCCUCUUUUGACUGGACCAAUGUUUGUAUGAGUCCCAGGGCGUUAACUUCUAGCGCUUCAUAUCUAACACAUAUGUUGAAUAAAGGGAACCCUCAGGGAAAAGAUUCGGCAAACAGUUCUGGCAAGAAGACGAAUAGAAAAUGAGUAUGGAUUCUAUAAUAUACAAUUUUCUAGUUUUGACAUCGUUGUCAUAAUUUUUAAACAUUACCUCCUUAAUACAUACAAAUUUAUUUUUAUAAAUUUUAUCCACUGAACUCAUUUUUCAAUCCUCCGCUUGAACUUGACUACCUAAUUGAGACGGAAUUACACAAAUAAUUAAGGAAUUUUACCCCAUAUUAUACGUCUCGAAAAAGGCAAUGUUGUUUAACUUCCCUAUUUUUGCGCAGUCCUCCAAUGACAAAAACUUUUGUUAA